AAAAAAAGGCUAUAAAUUCAGCAGCUCAUUCUCUCUCUAGAACCAGUGGUCUCAAGCUGUCACUCCAUUUUCUCUCUCUAGAAAUUGAAGAGUCAGUGACGAGCGAAUUCAGUGCUAUUGGCUGUUUUUGUGGAGUGAGUGAUGGGAAAAGACUCUGUUUCUGCUUUUUUGCUUGCGGCGGCAAUGUGAAUGGUGAAAAUCUAGGGUUUAUUUUUGGGGGGUUUAGAUUUCAGAUCUUUUGUAGAUCUAGGUUUUUUUAGAUUCUCAUUCUAUUGGAUUGACGAGUUCGUUUCUGCCACUACUUCCGCCGCCGCCACCGGGUUUUACGAAAUGGCGACGCCUUUUCAUUUGCCAGUCACUGCUGCUCAGGUGGGGACAUACUUUGUGGGCCAGUAUUAUCAGAUGUUACAGACCCAACCGGAUUUUGUUCACCAGUUCUACAGUGAUGCUAGUACUGUGCUUCGAAUUGAUUCCAGCACCAGGGAGACUGCUUCAGGAUUGCUGCAAAUUCACACCCUCAUCAUGUCGCUCCAGUACACUGGAAUAGAGAUUAAAACACUUCAUUCCUUGGAAUCAUGGAAUGGUGGUGUCCUUGUGAUGGUUUCAGGUUCUGUCCACGUGAAAGGUAUCAACAGGAGUAGGAAGUUCGUACAAUCAAUUUUCCUUGCACCCCAGGAAAAAGGAUUCUUUGUCCUCAAUGAUAUCUUUCACUAUGUUGACGAGGAACAAAUUCUUCAGCAAUCAUUGGCCUAUCUAGCACAGACUAACCUUGAGUCCAAGCUGAGUGCUUCCAAUGCACUUCAGGAGCAAGUGCCCAACUAUAUGUUUGGUGGAGAAAUCCAAGCAAGGGAGUUUGCUGAUGCUCCUAAAAUUGAAGAUAACGGGCCAGUCAAUAACUAUAGUUUUCCAGAGGAACGGCUUCAGCAUGUCCCUGAAGCUGAGAAUAUCCUUGAAGAUAAUUUUGCGGUGCAGUCAAACGGCCCACUUCAGAGUUCAAUUAGUUCAGUACAAGACCAUUUAUCCUGUCCUGUUGAGGAACAUGUUGUAGAGCCCCAAAAGCAUACUUAUGCUUCUAUUUUACAAGUUACUAAAGGGAAUUCUGCACAAGGAGGACUGGCCCAGUCUUCUCUCAACAAACCUACACCACCUCCUUCAGAGUGGCAGCAUGUGCCAGAGCCUCUUACUCUGCCAUCAGUUCAUUCGACUAAUACUAUUGAGAGGUAUACUGAGGCAACAGAAGAGGCUUCAGCUGUUGAAGAUGAAGUUGAAGUCAAGUCUGUAUAUGUCAAAAAUGUGCCUACUACUAUGGCUGCUUAUGAAAUUGAGGAGGAAUUCAAAAAGUUUGGUAAACUAAAGCCGGAUGCUGUUGCCAUUAGAACACGAAAGGACAUUGAUGUAUGUUAUGCAUUUGUCGAAUUUGAAGAUGUAACUGGGGUUCAGAAUGCAAUUGAGGCAUCUACUGUUCAGAUUGGUGGACACCAGUUGUACAUUGAAGGGAGGAGACCGAACAGAAACAACUUAAUUCGAGGAAGAGGUAGGGGUAGAGGCAGAGUUAGCUACUCCAUGGACGGAAGGGGGCGCUAUGGUGGCCGUGGUUUUGGGAGAGGUGGUCAAGACGUAGGUGACCGUGAGUAUGGCAGGUCAAGAGGAAAUGGUUACUAUAGACAAGCUCCUCGGCAAGAAAGAGCUUACUCUAGCAAUCAGCAAAGCUUGCGAAAUGAGCAGUACUCAUGGGAAUAAACUGAAGUUGAAUUUAUGAAGAACAGACAAUACCGUCGGUACAAGCCAUGUUGCGAACAGCUUUUUUGUCUUCAUAGUUCUCCAAAACAUUAGUAUACUUUGAGAAGCAUCAAAAUUUAGAUUUAUGGAAGGAAGCAUCCCAAAUACAUAUAAUUUUUUGGCAGAAAUAGCAAGUCUUGCUUUUCAGUACAUGAAUAGACUUUACCGAAAAUGAUUAUUUAAUGCAGUUUUGGCCUGCUAGUGGAUAUUUUGCGCAA